ACACAAGCGUACGCUAAGUCAAAUAUAUUUGCAUGGUCACCGGCUGCACUAGCUGGAAACAUUUCCAUUCAAACUAGUUACGGUAAGGAGCCGAAGUAAAUGUGUUCAGGCUCGGUGUGUUCAGUGGAUUAGAAAAAUAAAAAAGGGGGGAAACAGUGACGGCAGUGGUGAGUAGAAGGUGAGAACAAAAGUUGUGUGAUGGCCUCAAGUCUGAUUCCUGGAUGUCAUGUCAUGAGUGAUCUGCUGACUAUCCGUGAGAAAGGUAUCCUCUUCACUCUGCUCGAACCUCCCUGUAAGCUGGUCAAAACUACAGUAGCACAGGUACUAAGGGCCAAAGACGCUGAGGGUGAGAGUCCCGGCUGGAGCUGUUUGGGUUGUGGUGCUGUGUGUCUCAUUGAGGACGAGUCCAUUCACUCCUACUUCCUGCGACUGUACUGUGUCAAGCGUGCAAAGUUACUGUGGGAGCAGGAGCUGUACAUCCCAUUCAAAUACACUGCAACUCGAAAGUUCUUCCACAAUUUCCCUGCAGAUGACCAUCAGGUAGGCCUCAACUUUGCAAAUGAGGAGGAGGCAGAGGAAUUUCAUUUUGCAGUGGAGGCUGUCCAAAGAGACCAAGAAGAGAUGACCUGGAUGAUUGAAAAAACAAGUGCUGAACAAGAGGACAGCUCAAAGAGUGACCCGCCUGAUUCAGGAAUUCAGCCACUAAACGAAUCAGAAGAGGAGGAGCAUUUGACCAUGGAUGCACCAUCAACAGAAGAAUUUCACGAUCUGGACACCUCUAUGAGGAACCUGUUGAUGCGAGCACAGCUCAGUGAGGACGACUUGAAAGGCAAAGACGUUGCUGAGGCUGUUGAAUGCAUCAUCAACCAGAUUGGUGGUGUCAAAGCUGUGCAAAGAGAGCUGAGGAAGAAAGGCCCAGUGUCUCAUACGCUGCCGAGAUCUACCGGGGCGUCCAUCUCCCUUGCUCUGAAAAAGGGGCCUCUGCCACCUGUUCCCUCCUUCAAAGGCAGCACCACCUCCCAUCAGACACCACAACGCACAAAGUCACUAAAACAGAGUCUGCUUCCCCCUUGGGUUCCUCCUCCUCCAUCUACUCCUGCUCCGCUUCCUCCAGAGAGGAUCAGGAAGAGCAUCAGUUUUAAAGAUGUGGGCUCUUCGAGUGCUGCUGAAAAAAGUGACCUCAUCCUGACUGCGCUGAGAGACAUCAGACAAAAGCAGCAGCUCCAGCGAGGCACGAGUGAAGAUGAGGGUCAAACAGAGUCCGACACUGAAGUCCAAUAAUAAGCGCCUGUAAAGAAACUUUGGUUCAGUCUGUGCUGUUGCUAUGAUACCUUUAUUCCAAAGUUUCAAAUAAACUCCUGCACAUGC